AUUCUUUCGAUCUAUUCCAGAACAAACCAUCCACCAACACCUCAACUUCACCUCACGCAAUUGGAAGAACCUCUCGACGCACACAUUUCCCUCUUCCACAACUACCCUCCCACCUCCUCAAUCUUUUCAAGCCACCAACAAAAACAAAAAUGUCCCGCGAAGCCUACCAAGUCCCCUCCAACCUUGGCGGCUCCCAGAACGCCUUCGGCGGCGCCGACACCGGUGCUAGCGGCGGCGCUGCCUCUCUCGACGGCCCGAUGGUGGCCUACCUAUGCGGCGAGUGCAACUCGCGGGUCUCGUUGAAGCGCGGCGACCAGAUCCGGUGCAAGGAGUGCGGACAUCGGGUUUUGUAUAAGGAGCGGACGAAGAGAAUGGUUCAGUUUGAGGCGCGGUGAUUUGGGGUUAAUCCAGGGUCUAGCGGGAUUUGAUCUGCGGCGGGGUGGGAGGUGAUGAGGUUGUUUAUAUGCUAGAGACUGUCCAGGGGAUGGGGAUCCAGGGGGGGUGACGGGGUGGGGGUUCAUACCCCCGUUACGAAUGAUGUGCAUUAUCUUGUGGUGUUUGGAGUUCUUCAAACUUUUCUUUGCGUUGUCCUUUGCCGUGGUGGGAGCUGUUGUGGCUGGGCGGGCGAGGUUCUUUGUCUACGACGGUUUCUGGCUGAUGCGCCAGUCUGGACGAGCAACAGGAAUCGAAGGCGCUGUGCUCUCGCCAUCUACUAUGGUCAAGCUGCUUUGUGCAUAAUUGUGCCUAGUCUGAGGUCUGAAAAUAUAUCCCAUACCAUCGGCCUUCGUACCAUGUGCUAUCUCAUGCUAUGCACAUAUCAUGUUAAAAGCAGACCGUCUG